AUCUACACGAGUAGCCAAUCAGAAAGCAGCGCGCCAAUCUUAAAAGUCGAGACAAAUAUUUCUAAUGUGACAUUUACCGGGAAGAAGUUGGUUUGGGUCGUCAGAGGUCGUCGAAAUGUCAGUGAAGCAAAUUUAUUACUCAGAGAAAUACUACGACGACGUAUUCGAGUACAGACAUGUCUUGUUGCCGAAGGAAAUAGCUAAGCUUGUCCCAAAACGGCAUCUUAUGUCAGAAACCGAAUGGCGAAGUCUUGGUGUUCAACAAUCUCAGGGUUGGGAACAUUACAUGAAACAUGAUCCUGAGCCUCACAUUUUGUUAUUUAGAAGAGAAAGGACGGAUCUGCACAAGAAUUAGAACACAAGAAUGCCAUUGUAGUAACUGUCAAUGGAAUGAAGCUGGAACAGUGUACUAAUGCUAACCUUUACA